UAAUUGCUAUCUCUUCUCCCUUCUUCUUCUUCCCAUCUCUAAUCCUUUUAUUUUGCAUUUCUUCUUUUCCCCCUUUUCCGUUUUCGUCCCAUUCAUCAAGAUUUUGACUCUGCGUGUAGCUUUUUUUUUUUUUUUUUUGGGAGCUAUUGAACUUCAUGUUAUUUUGGUUUCAUUCCUUUCAUGCCCAACUCUCACCUUCACACACACAAAAAAUACAUUCUUUUAUCUCCCCCCACCCCAUCAGUGCCAUGAUUACUUUCCCUCUCUGUUCGCUUGUCUUUUGGUGACAGAUCUCAUUUUUAUAUGAAUUUCAGUGUUUAAUCUGGAAUCACUUAGUGGUAUUGCAAUUAGCUUCUGCGUUUUUUGUUUCAUUUUUCUGGAAUCACAUUACAAUUUUAACUCCAAUAAUCAUUGAUUACGGUUCAUUCAGUUGAUAAUGAAGUUUCUUGACUGGUACUUGAAGAUUGGGGUCGUGUCGGCUUUGGUUGGGGCUUCUAUGGAGAUGUUCAUGAUCAAAACUGGCUUCUAUGACAAAGUAACUGUUUUGGAGUCAGAAAAGCGUGCCUGGGAGAAUUCCCCAGAUGCUCAGGCAAUUAGAGAAGCUCUCAACCCCUGGAGACAUAUUGAUGCAGAAGAAACAAAAAAGUCCUGACUGAAGUGUGAAUUAUUUUCUUAAAAUCCAUGAGUAAUUUUUCAAGAACUUAAGAUGUUAUACGAGGAUAUGCUGGAAUAAACCAACAACAUUUUGAUUGCUACAUCUUGUCGGCUGGGCACCAAAUCAUGAACAACUCUGGGAUGACUCACAUCUUUCAAUUUUCUAUCUGACUUUGAAUGUUGGAUUUAUUUAUUUGACUCUUGAAUAACUGUUCAGUGUUUUCUUUGUAAUAUGAUACACUUAUAACAGUGAGACAAGUGCAAGUAUGUAACAUUAUUCUCAAUAAAAGAAACUGCUAAUGUUUCUUAAA